AUGGAUUACCUUCAAAAGAUUCGUUCAUCUGUUGCUGCCCAAGUCCACUCUGUAGCUGCACAAGUUAAUUUAGCAUUGCCAGGUAAUCCAAUUCUUCGUGAAUAUACUGUUGGGCAGCAAGUUGCUAGUGCUGGGCCAGGUUUGUGUUGGAAAAUAUUUUCAGCUACAAGAAAUUCUACAAAACAGGAUGUCGCUGUUUGGAUUUUUGAAAAGAAGCAAAUGGAAAACUGGUUAAAAGUAAAGAGGGAAGAGUUUCCUGAAGUUUUAAAAAGAGGUGUUAGUCAAUUAACAAGACUUAUGCAUCCAAGAAUUCUGAGAGUGGAAAGAGCUUUGGAAGAAUCUAGAGAUUGUUUUGCUUUUUGUACAGAGCCAGUAUUCGCUAGCCUUGCCAAUUGUUUCAACGAUUUUGGUAAUAUGCCGUCUACCCCAAAAUGUUUAAAAGAUUUUUCUUUGGAAAGUAUAGAAAUUCGACAUGGUCUAUUUCAGUUAUCCGAAGCUUUAGCUUUUCUUCACAAUGACACAAAAAUGGUUCAUUCAAAUAUUUCUCCCAGUUCAAUAAUUAUAAAUAAGAAAGGAGAUUGGAAAUUGGCCAGUUUUGAUUUUUGUAUAGUUGGGGUUGUUUCUACACAAGAUAAGGUCAUUUUCGAAAUACCCAAUUGGAGCAGAAAUUCAAUUUCUGCUUUAUGCCCAGACCUCGAUUAUGUUUCUCCAGAACUUGUUCAGGGUGACACCUUUGACUAUUCUUCAGAUAUCUUUUCGCUUGGAAUGCUUGCUAUUACUUGUUUUAAUAAAGGAAAGUCAAUUAUGGAAAGUCAAAAUUCUUUUGCUUGUUAUCGAAAAAUGUUUGAAAAUUUGAGACAUUCUAUCCCUUCCAUUUUACAAAAUAAACAAGUUCCAGAAGAACUACAAGAAGCAUUAAGUAAAUGUCUCAAUCCUGCACCAGAACAAAGGCUUCCCGUCAUUCAAUUUACAAAAUUAAAAUAUUUUGAACAUCCACUGGUUAAAACAUUAAAUUUUUUGGAUUCAAGGAAUGCUUUGGAUGUGUCUCAAAAAAUUCAGUUUUUCAAGAGUUUACCAAACAUAAUUCCUCAAUUCCCUCUCCGUGUUCAACUUCAAAAAAUUUAUCCUCAUUUGGCUGGAGAAUUUGGAACGCCAAUUUUAAUACCUUUUAUUUUGGAAAGUGUUUUUAUUAUUGUAGAGAAUUGUAAUAGUGAAGAAUUUGUAGAAGAGAUAAUGCCUUCACUUGUUUUAGUAUUUCCUAUACAAACACCUUAUCAGAUUGGCCUAUUAUUAUUAAACAAAGUCGAUUUAUUCUUAAAAAAGAUGCCAACAACAUCUUUAAAACAACAUUUAAUUCCUUUAAUUUUUAAUUCGUUGAGUAAUGAAAGUACUAAAAUACAGGAACUUUGUUUGUUGGAAUUGCCUAGAUUAGUUAAAUAUAUUGAUAGAGAACAAAUGCAUACCCAAUUUUUACCUAAAUUACUUCGUAUGGUGCUUGAAGCGAAGGAGAAUAAGAUUCGUAUAGAAACUAUUACCUGUUUAUCCAAAUUAUUAAAUAAUUUAGAACCUUGGAUGGUUGCUGAUCAAUUACUUCCUUCUUUACCUAAAGUUAAUAGCAAAGAUCCGGGUGUUUUAAUGGCUGUUUUAGGUCUUUACAAAUUAAUUUUUGAAAAUGAUCGUUUUGGAAUUAGUAAAGAACAAUGUGCCAAAAGUGUCAUUCCCUUCUUGGUCAGUACAUCAAUCGAAGCUUCUUUAAAUUUGCCAAAUUUUAAUCAAUUUAUUGAUUUUAUACAUUGUCUUCUUGAUAAAAUGACUGUAGAACAUAAACAUUAUUUGGGGAAGUUGAGUGCUAGUCAGGAAGAACAAAGAGAAGUCAACAAUUUUAUCGAUUAUUUAAAUAAUGGAAAAGUGUUGGAGGAAAUAGUGUCAAAUGAAGGAUCACCUAUAAAACAGCAACAACAACAAACAGCAGCAGGAGUAUCAAUGGAUUUGGGCGAUUUAGAUUUUUUGGUGGGCGGUGGAAUAGCAACAAAAAAGAAUGAGAAAGAAAAUACUAACAAUUUUCCACAAGACCAAUCUUUUCAAACUAAAAAUUUAACUUCACCUUCAUUAAAUCAACAACACAAAUCAUUAUCUUCAUCAUUUAUUUCACCUCCAUCAUCACUUGUAUCUUCACAAAAUUUUACUAAAAAUCAACAAGAAGAGCCUUCAAUUAAUUUUGAUAUAUUUUCUUCAACAAAAAUUAAUUUAAAUGAAGAAAAACAGCAACAACCUUCUUUAGAUUUUCUUGCAGAAUUUUUACCUCCACCAACAUCCUCCUCAAUAUCUUCACAAAAACCCUCCUUUAAUAACUCCUCAUCAUUUCCAUCAUUACCAAUUCCUCCUCCAAAUAAUAAUUUUAUUCCAAUACAAAGAAAGAAUCCAACAACUAAUAAUAAUGAUCCUUUUAAUUUUUUAAUAAAUCAACAAUUAAAAGAAGAAAAUGUUAAAAAAGAAGAUAAUGGUUGUUCUUCAAAUAAUGGUGGUGGGGGUGAUCAAUUUACUUUUUUAUUUAAAUAA